AUGGAUAAAGACUUCUGUAAGGCAGUAAGUAUUUUAAGCGAGUACAUAAACGAAAAGGGAAGCAAAAUAGAGAAUACGUUUAAGUUCGCAAGCGACGCUCUAUCCCUGUACGCUAUAAAUGCAGAAAACGAGGAUAUUGUGGGCUUUUCGGAGAGCUUAUUCAGAGAUACGAUUGCCGACCUUUUUUCUUCAGAGGAGGAAGUAGAGGAGAUUGCAGUGAUGGAGCAAAUUCCCGCUUCGUCUACAGACUAUGAAGUCCCCUUCAACAGAAAAAGACGUGGCAGUGUCAGCGCGUCUGGAAACCCUUUUGCGCCUCUCACGAUCUACCCAAAGUCUGACAAGAUUUCUGAGAUGCUGCUAAAUAUUUUAGCAAACACGCGGCUCAUUGCCAGCACAAUGGACGUGGAGCAGAUGAAAAAGCUUGUGUCCACUAUGUUCCUGCAGCACGUUUACAAAGGGGAAAAGCUCAUUAAUCAGGGGGAGUAUGGGAAAACAAUGUAUCUCGUGGAAAGCGGCGAGUUUCAGAUUUUGCAGAAUGGAAAGCUAAAGGCUACUCUUCGCCAAAACUCGCUGUUUGGAGAGAUCUCUCUUCUCUACAGCUGUCCCCGGACUGCAAGUGUCAUCUGCACGAUCGAUGCAAAGGUGUGGGUGGUGACGUCAGACGCCUACACCGCGAUUCUUAUGGUGGACCAGAGACGAACUAGGGAGCUUGUCUGUGCGCUCUUGGAGAGAAACAGAAAGUAUGUAAGUCUUUCGCUAGAAGAAAAAACACGGCUCUUAUACUCAUCCCAUCUAAUCAACUACUCAAAGAACGAUAGGAUAGACGUAAAUGAGGUAGGUGUGUUUUUGGUUGUAUCAUGUGGUGGGCAGGAGUCUGAGGACGAAAAAAAGACAGCUACAGAGGCACAAACGUCUCCUAGCGCUGUGCAGAUCGGCACAAUCAUACAGAAUGGAAUUGUGUGCGAUUCAGAUAUGCUGGUUCUUUUUAUCCCUGAUUCGAUAUAUGCUAUGAUAAAGGAGGAUGAUGCAUAG